CGGAAAUCCAGCUGACUAGCAGUGGGUAAUUACUACACUGUGAAAGAUACUUGUUGCUAUGGUAACACUGACUCUAAACGCUCCUUGUGUGCAUGCAUGCUUGGUCUGAAUCAUGUUACCUGCACGUAAAGAAAGAACAGCAUCCGCAGCUGGAAUGACUUCUGUCAGAUGGGUGGAAAAUCUUUUGCGCCUUUUAAGAGCGUUCCGCUCUCUGCUCGGAUUCGAUCGUGGACCGUGUACGAGAAUGAAAUUUAAAAAGUCUAAUCAUGUCAUUACAUAACUGCAAGAUGGCAGAAAAGUCUUGGGUGGCAAAGUGUUGUUAAAAAACGUCCCUUUGUUCAGAUGCCAUUCAGGUGGAAUAAAUUCUCACUGAAAGCUGAUUGUCGAUUUUUUUUCUUUUUCUUUUUUUCAAGCGAGUGAGGAAAAUACCCCGUUAUUAACCCCAGGAACCAUAUUAAAGCACGUCGUAGAUACAUGAACGUUAAAAUUGCGUUGCUGGUUGGAUGUGUGUGUGUGUUUGUGUGUGUGUGUGCGCGCGCGUACGCACUGGAAACCAAACACCAUUGUCGGAACCCCGCGGCUCUGUUGUUUCUAUAGCAACAGCAAAAUAAACCGCUGCCAAGGUGGAUCUGUGGAUGUGCGCCAUGAAACCGACGACCGGGGGAAGUUUUUUUCCCCCCCUUUCUUUCUUCCCCCUUAUACGCAUCUGAGCUCGGUACAUUCGCUCAAGCAAGUGCCAAGAGGUCUUACAGGCAGUUUGGAAAGCAUCUAUUUCAUAACGUGUUAUCAUGGCUGCUUGUAUCCUGUCCUGCUAUUUCAUCAUAAGCUUAAGGCUAACUUCGCCCACAGCAGCCGACGACGUGAAGCCGUUUCAUCAGAGAAACAAGCAUGUUUUCAUGUCCUAGAUACCGCUGCUGUUAACAAGCAUGUUCUAAUAUAUUCAUCGUUUCCCAUUCGUAUAUAUUUAUAUAUUUGUAGCUUGCAGUCUUUAAUUGGGAUUAGAGUACAUGGAUUUUCUUACACACCAGAAUGAAUGCACAUAGGCCUGGUACCGGUGAGGUUCAUGAGGUCCUUUUGUAUCUAAUUACACCGAGUCACUUUAUGAAUAACUGACAGGCCGGUGUUUUUAGACCAUGCUGAGCUGCCAGGUAUAUUUCUGGUAGCGAUGCUGCUGAGUACCAAUGUCCUCACAUUAGACCACUGUAUCUAGGUUGCCUCGGAGCAGGCUUGAGUGAGACUACUCAAAAUCCGUUUCAGUCACGUUACACUCGGAGCGCUGCAGAGGUUUCUAAGGGCACCAUCAUUAGGCGGGAGACGCUUAGGUUUGAUCCCUAGCUAAAGCGAGCGCAGAGCGACGACUUUCUUUUCUUUGUGUUCCAGGCUUUCUUCAUCUGUCCGUGCUACAUUGAUUAGCGCUCCCGGCCCCGAACGCCUCAUCUUUCAUCAUGUUCCGCACCUUGAUUUGUUAUUACCUGCUCACCCCUUGUUUACUCCCCUCGUUUCAUUUCUGUCCGAUGUUUAUGCCCAUGCCGAGGAAAAAAUGAGGACGCACCAGGAUGCAUUCUGGGAUAAUGCCGCUGAUAUGCUUUUUUUUUGUGUAUGUGUUCUUAACAAGUUUAUACUAUAAUGCGUGUGUGUGUGUAUCUCAGCUACACAUAAAGUUGUAGUGAAUAGGGCUGGGUGGUACAGCUCAAAAAAUGAUCACGAUAUAGUGUUUCAUAUUAUUCUGUAUCCACAAACCACAAAUAAUAUUAGUUAUAAAAUAGAAUGUGAAGAAAUAUCUUCUCUUAUAUCUUGUAUGAAGGUUAAAUAAGUGUUAAAGAAACUCUUGAAGUUAAUAAAUAAAACGUUACAGAAUGUGCGCAAUGUGAAAGUGUAAACGUCGAACAAAUCAAAGCAAACUUUAAGGGAGAUCAGCAUCACGUUAUAGCGCAGAAUGGGACUCCUGGUACUCUGGUUUGUGCUCAGCCUGUUAGCAUAGUUAGCCUAGCUUCGUAUAAAACGUCCACUUUAACACUUGCGGAUAACACCGUGCUCUCUCCGUCGAGCUCCUGCUCUGAGGACUCCCGCUGUCCUCCCCGGAGACGACGUUUUAACAGAAAUCACAAAAAGCGGCAAAACGUCACAUUUCUUCCCCGUAGUUCAUGUGGAGCACUGCGCACGCGCACUACAAGUCUCUCGCAGCUUGUUUGUCCGUACAUGGCUGGGAAUCAUGGUUUGUUUGUUUGUUUGUUUUUGUGCAAAGCUUACACACAAUGGUGUUCUGAUGUUGAUCAGACGAAAAGAAACCUAAAAAAAAAAACUGCCAUACUGGUGAGCUGACACGUCCUUUUUUUAAAAAAUUUUUAUUUAUUCAGUCUCCUCAGCAGGCUCUGAGCUCAUUUUCACAUGUGUUGUGACGUCACAUGGCGAUGACGCAACCGAACCCCACAGAUACGCAACUUAUCUGCUGUUUGCUUGUCCCUCGUAGCGCACACCUUUAUCGAGGCAUAUGAUAGGCUGUUUAUGAUCCAGGGACAGCGCACGCUUGAGGGUUGUUCAUGCAACCAAGCUUCAUGUCUGUUUACAUUUUCUCGAGCAUUGUAAUCUUUACCGAUAGAAGUGUACCGUCGAUAAAUACUGAUACCGUUUUAUCGCCCAGCCCUAGUAGUGAAGGCAAAAAUAAAAGGAAGAAAAUCACAUUUAUAGAUUCAUUUCCAUUUGAAAGACUUGUAGAGCCUUACCACUACAUUUAUAUCCUAAUCUACUUCUGGAAAAUCAUCACAGCCAAACUGUAAAGAAUUAACUUUUACAAUAGGACAGAAGUUUUUAUUUUGAUGAUAUGGUCUUUUUUUAAGCAUUUUAAAACUUUGAAAUGAAACAAUAAGUACACCGUAUGGAAAUUGUUGUGCCUUUUUUUUUUUUUUUUUGACAUAUUUGGACAAGCAAACUUCUGAUCCUUUUUGAAACAGUGCCUAUUAAUAAAGUUGAUGCCCUCUAUCAGUGACAUCAAAUUGAUGUUUUGUAGUAAUUUUCACAAUUUAAAUGGACAAAAAACAGAUCGGUCACAUGGGGGGGGGAGUAUGUACACCCCUACAUUUAUCACACCUUGAAAUCCAUAUAAUUAGAAUCAGGGGUUGAAGAUUGGGUGCCAGUGAUGAGAACCUGCUUAGGGAGUGCAGGUGGAAGCGGUCUUAUUUGUACCCCUCUCAUAUCUAGUGUCUGGUGUUCCCUUUGUUACUGAGGUGUGUCCUCAUGCCAAGAUCUAAAGAAUUCUGAAAGGCCUUCAGGGGGGAAAAAAAAAAAAAGAUUGUGGAUGUCUAGGAGUCUGGCAAGGGAUUGAAAAAGAUCUCCAAAUGCAUGUACUUUGGUGCAGUGUGGGCAGGGGAGAGUUGUGGUGGUUGAGCCGUUUUUUCUUUUCUUUCUUCUUUCUCCUUGCGAAGCGGUCACUUUGUCUCUGCAGCACAGUGGAGUUCUAUUUCAUGACGUGCAGCUCCUCCUUCCAGCACAAAUUUCUUCCAGGAGCGCCUCUCCAGUACAGUGUGUUCCCAGUUGCUAGAUGUCAUAUGGAAUUUCUUCAGAAUUGUCUUGAUGUUGUCCUGCUAAUGUUUCAGUGGCUCGCUGUCUUUUCUUCAGCUGGGAGUACAGGAUCUGUUUUGGGGAGAUGUGCGUUGGACAUGCGGAUGACGUGGCCUGUCCAUCAGAGUUGGUACUGCAUUAUCGGGGUGAUGCUGGUCAUGUAAGCUUCCUCCUAAACACUGAUGUUGGUGCAUCUGUCCUCCAGGCUGAUCCUCAGAAUCUUUCGUAAGGGUCUUUGGUGUUCCAGGGCUCUCGGGUGCCUGCUGUAGGUGGUCUGUGACCCGGGUCCAUACAACAGGGUGGGGAAGACAAAGGCUUUGUAGUCCGGGAGUUUUGUUUGAAGCUUUAUGGCUCUGUCUUCGAAGACUCUACCCGAGUCUGGCGUAGGCUCCACAGGCGAUGGUUGACCUCAGCGUCGAUGCACAAGAUGUACAUCCGAACUGAACCAAAAAGUAACAUUCCAAAUAACAAAUAAAAAUAGAUACGUCCAAAAUGAAUCUUAAAAAAGCAAUUCAAAUAGCACAACAAAAUGUGCCUUAUAAGACACACUCGCAACCGGGAUGAUGUAUCUUCUAACACACUGCUGUGUUUCUCUUUCGCUGUAGCUUGUAACAUUUUGUGGCAUCACUGCGAUUCUGUCAUCCAUAUGUUUUACGGUUUUUAACCGGACAACGCUAAUAUGUUUACUCAGCAUGAAAGCAUGAAUAAUCGGUUUCUGUUGUAAUUAUCAACAGAAAUUUCUGCAUCAGCCCAACAGUAAUAAUGAACAUUUCCCAUCCAGCUGUUAUUAUAUCCCCGUAGAAAAAGGAGACGGUUUGUGGGUGCAGCAGGGAAACUGCACACCGUGUGAUAAUUGCUAAAUGGUGCUGAGGAGCUUUAAGGGGGAGGGUGGGGCAGAGGGGGCUGCUUUCUCUGGCACGUUCCACCAUGCAUUGUUCCGCAGGCUCGGCCGCAAACUUGGCCGAGUGGAACGCAGUAAAUGAGACUCGAGAGCUGCAGCCUCCAGAUGAAAGUCUGGCUCCGGGCCCAUCUGCUCUCUGUGGAGCUGAUCUCCGAUCAGCUGAACCCAUACCGCACCAGGCUGAGCCAUAUGAGCUGGAUCUUAUGCUUCAUGUUAGGCUGCUGUUUGGAACCCUGUACCCGGCGUACUACUCUUACAAAGCAGUGAAAACCAAAAACGUAAAAGAAUAUGUCCGCUGGAUGAUGUACUGGAUCGUGUUUGCACUUUACACAGUUGCGGAAACCAUUGCAGACCUCAGCGUAGCCUGGUUUCCCCUCUAUUAUGAAAUAAAGAUUGCCUGUGUGAUCUGGCUCGUGUCUCCCUACACUAGAGGAGCCAGUGUAAUCUAUAGAAAGAUCCUACAUCCUCUACUGACGUCAAAAGAACGGGAAAUCGAUGACUACAUUGUUCAAGCUAAAGAGCGCAGCUAUGAAACAAUGCUUCACUUCGGCAAGCAGGGCCUAAGUAUAGCAGCCACCGCAGCUGUCUCUGCAGCUGUCAAGGGCCAGGGUGCCAUCACAGACAAGCUGAGAAGUUUCAGCAUGGUCGACCUCACCCAGAUCCCGCAGGAUGAUGCGGGCGGCGAGCAGUACUCGUCCUACUCCAGCUCCAAUCCCGCCAGGAGAGCACUAGCCUCCACCCAGCACGACGGAGCCGGUUAUUACGAGGACGCCGAGGAGGAGCGAGGUGGCAACGACAGCGAUACUGUGUUCUCCGAAGACGAAGCCGUAACUCAGCGCGGCCUCAGGCGCUCUCAAAGCACCAAAAGCACACGCUCCAAACACCGUAAAGAUUUUCGUUAUGGAUCUCUGAAGAUUAAAGGGCGACGGAGGCCUGCACUAAACGCCAUGACGUAUACCAGCACUGACCAGUAACUACUGACCCUGGAGAACUUUUACCUACAGAAGCCUAGCGAGUGUUAAUAUUCUCUUCUCCUCUUAGUGGCUGUGGGUUCUUUUAUCGUUCAUGCCGAAAAAUCGAGUAGGUUUUUAACGCAGCACCAACACCUAUUUAUUUUUGAACUCCAGAGUUAAGCCGACGACACGAGCUUGUACAUUUGCAAGAAUAUUGUGUGAGGAAAAUGUAUUGUGUGUGUGUGUGUGUGGGUUUGUGCUUAAUGUAGAUGUUGAUGUAUGGCGUGGCCUAUUCUGAAUUUGAUAUUCAGUUUGGCUUUUAGAAUUUUAAAUUGUAUUUACUAUGUUUUCUAAAGUGUUCCUAGCUAAAGGUGUAUUCCUUUGGAGGUGGGUUUUGAUAUUUACGUCAUUUGUAUGUUUAUGCUGCCUUAUAUUGUUGUCGUUUUCCUAUUGCUGAUUAGGUAAAUCAUUGUGAUACCAGUACACUUGAAUGCGAUCAAACCAAAAGUGUCCUUUAUCAUUAAAGAAAAAAAAAUUUUUUAAUGACCGUGGAAAAAGUGCAACUUAAUUAUGAAUUAUGAAUAUUGCUGAUUUUUACCAAGCUUGUAUAAAACUAGUUUUGCACAUUUUUUUUAAAGUUUUGUAUGUCAUCUCAAUGCAGAAUGUAUUCUUGACUGGGAAAAGGACCACAUGCUGUAACUUCAUACCAAAGUCAUGUAAUCCACUACAUCUGGUCGGGGUUAGGUUUAGUUUAAGGUGUGCCUGUGGUUACUGAAUGCUCCACUCCUAAAUUAUGUCCUGGUGUGUCUGAAUAAACUUUGUGAGUUUGCAGUUGAA